AUGGCAGCCGCAACAGCGAAAGUCGAGGAUGCCGCACCGGCACCAGCACCAGCAGAAUCUACCGAAACAAAUGUCUGGACAACAGAACGACAACUCGUUUCUUCGCUGGCUAAGUUACAGAAACUUGAAUCUAUGAUCCACAACCUCCGCACCCUCCUCCCAGAGCGCCUCUUGGAACCCCUAGUCCCAAUAGUAAACCCCCAGUUCUCAGCAUCCAACAACAAGACUCUCCCCAAAUCCCCGCAAACACUCUACGAGCAACUCUCCACCACGGCGCGCGCGGGAGUAGCAGAGGUCCAAUCCUUCCAGGAUCUGUGGCGGAGUCCCGAACUCAAGGAGAUCUGGGACCAUGUUGACGACAAAAUUCAGGAGGGGAACGGAGUGUUGUUGCAGUCGAGUGGUAUGUGGGAGAGGGAUUAUGGGGCGUUGCUGGAGGAGAUUGUGGAGGGAGAAAGGGGGAAAGGGGAGGAGGAGGGGAGGGAGAAGGAGGAGAGGGAGAGGGCGGUAGUGGAUGGGGAUUGGAGGAGGGUUGUUGAGGGGUUUGCGGGGAGGAGUGUGCCUGGUGUCCGGGUUGUUAGUGUGAAGGAGAGGGAUGCGGUGGUAGUGGUGUUGGUUAAGGUGGGGAUGGCGUUUGAGGUACAGAGCCUUGAAGAUCAGGGAGGAGUUAAGUGGGUGGUUUCGAGCAAGAUGACUCCCGGGAAGCCGGUGAGCAAUCUGGAAGCCGCGGUUGUGGACUGUUUGAAUUUGCGUCCGAGACAGUGGGAUCUCGCUUUUACUUUGGACAUGAUAUCCUCCUACACAACCAUCAAGCAAAUGCCCUGCGCAAAAUGCAACAAAAUGACCGACUCAGCCGCCCAACUCCCAACCAUCCGUCGCCAGUCUGCAGAGUCAACCUGGGAAGCCUUCCACCCAACAUGCCUCUAA